GAUUGGUCACGAGAAAGGUUAUGAAUUUGUGUGAAAGAGUUACUUUGUAAAGUGACUUUCAGUUUUUAAAUAAAAAGUGUUCAUUUGUGAAUUAAAAAAUGAGUUUUGGAUUACCACCAUUAAAAGCUAAGCCUGAAGUGGCUGAACAAUUUAAUAUUAAAGAAGAUAUAUAUGGCAUUCCAAAUCCUAUGAUUUCUGGAUUGUCAGGAACUAGACAAAAAAUUGGUUAUUCGCAUCCUUUAGAAGCUUCAGUAUUAAAUCAUAAGAAAAACGAAGAACGUAUGAACAUGGUCUUAUUACGUAAUUCUCAAGGAUUACAUGCACCAUUGCGUCUUGCAAUGGAAUUAAAAGCGGCUGGAAAAAUUGGAAGACUUCCCUUUUUACCAUCGUCAAAUAUCAUGAGGGAUGUUAUUCUUGGUAGAGACGAAGAAAUUGGUUUUGAGGAUAUAUUGAAUACACCUGAGUUCAGAGAACAAAUGGGACAACCUCAUGCUGUAAUAGAAAAAAGUCUUGGAAUUCUUUAAGAGGGAGGUACGAUUAUCACUAAUAGAAUGUAUUAUUUUUUUUUUUGUAUACAAAGAAUACUUGUGAUGCGCAAUUUAAAUUUGAAAACUAAAUAUUGUGACCUGUAUCAUUAAUUAAAUUAACUGUUAACUUAAAUAACAGUUAACUUAAAUGAA